UGACGUUUAAGAGUACAAUUUUUCGACUUUGGACCAAGAACCAUUUGUCACAUAGCUAUCAAUUAUACAAUAUUUAUCAGAAAAAUUAAAAUUCAUUAAAGUUCCAAGGCAAAAAUACCUAAAUUUAACAUGUUUAUGAAUACGUUAAAACUUGGUCUACAAACUGGCGUACGGACUCUUAAAGUUUCAGAUAUAAUAGUGAAAAAUAUGAGUUCAGCUGCUUUAAAAUAUGAGACCCUUGAAGUAUCCAAUCCAUCACCUUUUGUUUAUCAUGUUGUGUUGAAUCGACCAAAAAAAAUGAAUGCCAUGAAUAAUAAAAUGUGGUUAGAAAUUGGAAGCUGUUUUGAAACGCUUGGUGAAAGCCCAGAUUGUCGUACUAUAGUAUUAAGUGCUAAUGGUAAAAUAUUUUGUUCUGGUAUUGAUCUAAUGGAUAUGAUGGAAUGGGGACCAAAACUCGCAGAAAUGGAAGAUAUUUCACAAAAAUGUAAAUUUUUACGAAAAAGCAUUGGAAUUUAUCAGAAUUGUAUAAGUGCCUUAGAAAAAUGUCCCAAACCUGUAAUUGCUGCUGUACAUAGCGCGUGUAUAGGAGGUGCUGUUGAUUUGAUUCUGGCUGCGGAUAUUCGAUAUUGUACUAAAGAUGCAUUCUUUCAAGUAAAAGAGGUUGAUAUGGGAUUGGCAGCUGAUGUUGGAACUUUACAACGAUUACCAAAAGUUAUUGGGUCGGAAAGUUUGACUAGGGAACUAUGUUAUACAGCGCGAAAAUUACCUGCAGGCGAAGCAUUCCAACGUGGUUUAGUAUCCAAAGUUUAUGAAGAUAAAGACAGGUUGAUAAAAGAAGCAGUUGAUAUCGCUACAGCUAUAGCAAAGAAAAGUCCAGUGGCUGUUCAAGGUACAAAAGUUAGUCUUGUCUACGCAAGAGAUCAUAGCGUAGAAGAAGGAUUAAAUCAAAUUAAACAAUGGAAUUCAGCAAUGUUACAAAGUGAAGAUUUAAUGAAAGCUGCAAUGGGCGCUAUGUCCAAAGAUGAAGAUAUUACAUUCUCAAAGUUAUAAAUAAUUUAAUAUUUGCAUAUACAAAAUUU